UUGUUGUUGAGAAGUUAGGCCUUGCUCCACCCAGCUCCUUAGUGACAUCAAAAGAGUUGCAAGGAUUCCCUUGCAGGACUGGGGUCUUAAUAGGCCUUCAGGUGAAGGAAGCUGCCUAAUGCAGUUUUGCUUCUGUCAGCUUCUCUUGCUUUAAAUGUCUUGCUGCUGCAAACAGGUAUGCAGAUACUUGUAAUGGUGUUGAAGUCGACAGGACUGCUGCAGUGCUUAAUAUGAAGCAUGUGCAUUACUGAAUCGGGGCCUAAAGGAGACCCCAUCCUCCCAACCGAGAAGUGAUGGGAGGAAAAUCCGCGCUGAAAAGUUUGGAGCAUGCUUUGGGAAGAAAUGUUUUCCAUUAAAAACAACCCUAUAUCUAAGCUUGAAAAUUGCCGGAGAUUUGCCUAGACUCAGCCCCAAAAACACAGGGCAGGUAUUAUUGUAACAUUGUGAGCGCCUCCUCCCAAGUUAGUUUACAGGGGUUCUCUUCAGUGCAGUUAGUCCGGAUUCGCAGGCGCCAGCUAACAAUCAGACCUCGUGUGCUUACACUGCUGCUCUGCAGGGUCUGACCGGAGAUUGGGCAGUAUCAGUUACACGAGUGGGCUCGUGGGCUCCUCUCCGACAGGCUAGAGGCUGCAACUUGCCCUCUGCAUUCUCCAGAGAGAGGGGAGGAGGAGAUUCUCUGCCGUGUACCACCCACCCUUCCUCCCCUCCCCUCCCCCACAUUUCAGAUCUCAUGGGGGUUGGGGGUGGCGGUGAACUGUCUGCGGUUGCUUUGCUGCCCCUAAAACUGUGAGCCCAAGUGCGUGAACCAGCCCUGGAAAGGGGGGAUCUGACGUCAAGCCCCAGAGGUGGUUUCCAGCCGGAGCUGUCAGGCAGCGUGUCAGGUAUUAAAGACCCAUCCAACAACCCCAGACCCCUCCUCUUUAAAAGCCUCCGCAGGCUACACAAAGGGAGAAGGGGGCAGCUCUCCUCCCUGAGCCAGGAGCGCCCAUCAGCUGCGCGGACUCCCCUCCUGCCCAGAACUGGACUGAACCCGGGAGGGGACAUGAAACCGACGAGGAAAAGCUUUAACCAGGAGCGGUCUGCAGGCAGCUCCACCAUGUCCGACAGCGACCUCGGAGAAGAUGAUGGCACUGCCUCUCUGGACCUGUUGCAGUCAAACAAGAGGAAAAGAAGGGGGAACCUCCCGAAGGAAUCAGUGAAGAUCCUCCGAGACUGGCUGUAUGAGCAUAGGUUCAAUGCAUAUCCAUCUGAGCAAGAGAAACUCAGUCUGUCCGGCCAGACCAACCUCUCUGUGCUGCAGAUCUGUAACUGGUUCAUCAACGCCCGGCGGCGGCUCCUGCCCGACAUGCUGCGCAAGGACGGCAAGGACCCCAACCAGUUCACCAUCUCUCGUCGAGGGGGCAAGACCGCAGACGUGGCCCUGCCACGUGGGGCCACCACAGGCUCUGGGGUGCUGGUGAUGCCUCCUGUGGCUCCCGCUAUGGCGGCUGCUGCCGCCACCCCCAAGGUGCUAUCCAUGUCUGUCUGCCCACAAGUGAUCUGCCACCCUGUGCAGCCACUGGCCAGCAGCCUGACAGUGGUGAGCACCCAUGGGGCUGAGCAGGAGAAGCAGCCCCCCUUCCCCCGGAUGGAGCUGGACCCCCACCCUAAGCCUCAGCAGAGCACAACAAGCAGCACCAUGGCGCUGCUGGCCAGGACGGACGCGGCCAGCCCCACCAACGGACUCUUUAACACCCCGCCCCCCACGCCGCCCGAGCUCUUCGGAGAGGACUUCAGCAGCUUCCAGCUGCUGGUGGAAGUGGCACUGCAGAAGGCAGCCGAGCUGGAAUCGCAACGGCAGAAUGGGCAGCUGCCCCCGUUAUGGCACACAGAGCCCCAGGCUGCCCCAGUCUCCAAAUAACCUGCUCUGUGCCGGCUCCAGCUGGGUCUGCCCACCCUUCCUGUCUUCUAGGGCUCUGUCGGGUUUGGCGUCUGCCGGCUGAAGGUGGUGGCUUUUUAUUUUUGUUUUUUUGUUUUACUGUGUUUCUCGGCAGUGAAGAUCCUCAUCCCAGAUGUUAUACAUCCUUCUCCAACCAGGAGGGGACCCAAGGAACCUGACUGCAUUCAGACCUUCGCAAAGCAGCCCUUGUGGACUGCAGCAUCUUCAUCUGGAGGGACAUAUGUUCAGAAGCUGUCAAGGAUCCCUUGCACCUUGGAUUCCACCCUGGGUUUCUGGUAUCGUGUUGGAGACAUCACCUCUCUUCAGGAGCCCAAAGGAGGUAGGCCUGGCUCCUUGGGAGGAUCUUAGUGGCUGUUGUGAGGAGAGAGCUUUAUAGCUGUCUGACCUCUACUAGAUGACUAUUUUGCUGUGUAAGACUCUGAAAAACCUGCUGACUUUAUGGGAGAAAAACAAAUGAAGUGUCCAGCCAAAACUGCAUCUAAAGGUGGUGAGACACCUUCCGGGUUUUGAACACCUGAGGAGGAAAAGACUUUCCCCUAAGCCUCUCUGGGCCACCUCUUUGUUUUGACUUGUAUAUAUUUUGUGAAUGGAGAGUUUAGCCGCAGAGCCUUGAGCAGCCCUGGAGAGCCUGUGGAAAGGCAAAGAUCAGACUAACUGGAAAACUUAAAUCUGUGGCUUUUUUUUUCCAUUGAAAGAAACAAAAAACCCUAAUGUUGUUGCCAGUAAAAUCUCUGAGGUGCUGUUCAGCAAUCUUAUCUGCUGAAAAGAUUUCUUGAUUGUGACUCUUUUUUUUCCUUUGGUAAAUACUUCACUGUUUCUCUUGCAUUCCUGCUGAAGACGUGCACCUCAUAUCAUGGAAGGGAGAGAGGAAUGUACUGAUGUCUUGGGAGGAUACUGACCAAGAGCAGAAGAAAGGGCAUUUCAGUGGGGGAGUUGGGAGCAGGGUUGGAGAUUAAUCUUGACUGUGAAAUAACUUGUACUCUUUUUUUUUCUUUUCUUUUCUUUUCUUUUAUUAAAUACCCUCUUUCCAACAGAAGAGGGAAUCUUUGUGGGCAUGGACUGCCUGCUUCUUCUCUUGCUGUUGUAACAUUUUCAGCCUGCAUGAGGCAUUCCCUGGAAAGCAGAGUCUUGGUUAAGCUAGUGAUGUGCUAACAGCAAACUGUCUAUGGAAACACAUGCUGGUUGGAAUCUUCAAACCCUUGCUUUCAUCAUGCUGAAUGUAGUUCCUGCCACACAGGUGGAGCAGUGGUGACCUCUCGUGGCCAGCUGGCUUAUUGCACAGAGCAGGGUCUCGCUAGCUUUGAGCCUGCAAUCUCUCUGUGGCCACAACAACAAAAGCAAAACAAAAAAUCUACGUAGCCCUGUGAAUAGUCGCAGUUGCCAAUGGGAGUCUAGGGGGAGGGUGGCGUGGGCCACAAACUGCACGCAGAGCAGUUAUGAAUCCAAAUAGCUGUGAGUUACAGGCCGUGCCCCUUUCAUUUGAAUUGUAACUCUUGGAGCCUGCAGAAAUGGGAACAACGUGGGUUGAAUGAACAUCCCCAUGUUUAAUAUUGCUGUUUCACUGUAAAUGUAAGUUAAAUAGCGAUAUAUAUGUACCUCUAUAUCUAUCGUGAGAAACACUAAUCCUAGGUUGUUAGCCUAAUUAUUAUGUUGCAUGAAUAGUGGUAUUAAUGUCAGCAGGAUACAAUUGGAAUCAGUGCCUGGUGCUCAUGCAGAUGGAAAUUGUGGGCAGUGGAGGGGGAGCAGUGCAUUGUGGGAUUUGGGGCAGUGAACGGAAAAGUGGUGGCUUAUCAGGGAAUUUCCCCCCUUCUCUGUGCCUCUCUCCCCCAUCUUUUUAAAUAACCUUUUGCUUAGAGCAAAAUGGGCCCAUGAGAAGGAGCGAUGCAACUUGUAGCAGUUGGGAGAAAUCCCUUCCCAUGUCCUGUAGAUGAGUCAAGAGAUCUAACUUCCUGUUGCCCUGCACUGUGUGCAGUCCUUAACUCCAGUGCACAGUAGGUAUAAGAUGUUCCCAUACUGGUUUGAUUAGUGUCUCUCUCACCCACUGAGACCACACAGGGUGCAAGGCAGGGGAAGCACCCUAUGUCCUGACAGAUUCCUUUCCCAGGGGAGGUAAUGCUGCAGUGCACCAGGCAGCUGCCUGGCCUAGGGUUUCUAUUCAUAGUGAUGUUCCCUGCAGAGCUGUGUUUUGGGGUGUGUGAGGGGGGGAGGAAGUUUUCCCUUUUUUUGGGAAGGGACAAGAAAGACAAAAAAAGCCUAAAUUGAUCAAUCUUCUCCGCCCCCUCUCUCUCCCCACCCCUUCCACUCCCAUCUGUUUCUGGGUGCUUACCUGGCUUUGCUCGCUACCUCCUGCCCAUUCUAGAAGGGACAGGCCUAACCAUUGGCUUCUUGGGGACUGGAGAGUUCUCACCUUCUUGUUUUCCUUCCUCUCUGCCCCAUUCUGGAGGAUCAAAACUUCCUGGGACUGGGCUGAGAAGCAUUGGGGCUGGUGUAUAUAAUGGAAAGGAGAGGGAGAACUGCAGUUCCCACAGUGCACUGCUCCAUCCAAUGCGUGGGCACUACACGGCUGUAUCCUGUUUGGCAUCUUGAUGGUGAAGCCCCUCCUGGCUGGGUUUGGAUGUCAGUUGAGAGUGAAGCAACAAAGGGGGGAGGGAAGAAUCCUCUGAAUGAAAUUCAUGGAGCAAAAAACUACUGUAAAUAACUUUUUGGGUUUUCUUGUCAAAUAAA